UACCGCCGACGCAUUACGUUGGGCUAACCAUGAGCUUAUACUUAGGAAAAUAUGACACUCGGCUAAAUUUUUAUGCUACUCCGUUCCUCACAUAAACGUAACUCAGUGUGAGUGCAGAGUGUGCUUUAGUCGCGAUGCAUCGGUGUUCUUCACUUUCGAGUCUCAGACGCAUGCCCAUUGAUCCUCGAAUCUACCCACGGAUCCAGAAAUAUGCAUUCAGAGUGCUUCCUGCUCCAAGUGCCUUCCAUAGCGGUGGCCGACCAUUGCGCACACCGCAGUCGGACUCAACAGUGGGCGCUCGACGGUGUCUUGGUCGACCAUCAAAGUGCAGACGCACGGUCCGUGAGCUGCCGCUUCAAGCUCAAGUCCCACUGUGGAUGGUCGCACCCAACAGUACGCAGUCUACAUCAACAACCGCGGCAUUUGCGCGACAUGCGCCGAACAUAUUAUGCGCGUAGACGCUCCUUCGGCAUUCAUCGGGACCAGGUCCGACUCAUCUGUCAUGGGCGAAGAUACCAGCGCAAUUGGGCGCAGCUGGCGCUCAACGUUCAACGCUCAACGGCUUGGCACCCUUCAUCGAACAAGGUUACCUCUCACGCCGUCGGAGGCUCUGAUUCUAGUCUCGUCACUAGCUACUACAGGCUCAUGAUGGUCCUGGGCGAACUCCAUGCUUCUGUAUUCCUCCGUGACCAUUUGCGUCGAUCCGCUCAUCUACAAUAUUACAUCACCGUGCAAUCAAGGCGCGCCUCUGGGAUAGUCGGCGCAUCUCAAAGGCAUGAUCGCACUAGACUCCGCGCUCAGAUGAUGGGACGCUGUGCCGCAAUGUGCGCCAAAAUCCGUAUCAAGAUGGGGUCUCAUCGGCGAAAUGCUGUUUCUUGAGACCCCGUAGGCGAUAGGCGCCGCGCAGUCUGCGGAUGUUUGGCGGAUGUAGAGAGUUUUAGCAGCAACUUCGGAAGUUUGCGCCACGGCUGCACCACCAAUUCAGUCCUCGCCCGGAUCAGUUCCUCUGCGCGACGGUCGAGUUUGACCUCCCUACUCAAACACCCUUGU